AUGCUGGCUGCAGCGCGCACGCGCCGGCCUCUAGUCUUUCUGCUUGCAGCCGUUUGCCUUGUCAGCGCCGUAACAGCCGCCGGUUCGUCCUCAGCCGCAUCGUCGACCACCACACCCUCCGCCUCCACUUCGCUCUCCUUGACCACGAGCUACACGCCCCUCGUCACGACCAUCCGGUCCGGAGGUAACAACAUCACCAUUUCCACGUCCGUUCCGGUCUCUACCUUCAAUGUCACCGUCACCCCGACGUCUACCGCAAGCGCGUCCGCCUCGAGCAAUAGCUCCGCGGCUGCCGCAGCUGCCUCUGCGUCCGCUGAGGCGUUGCGUACCCUGGACACGCAAAUCGACCCUGCCUUUGGUGUCCUCGGAGCUCUGCUCAUCUUGACUGGCCUGCCAAGUGCCUUCCUCGGACACAAGAACCGGUGGACUUCGUUCUUCCUUAUCGGCGUGUACACCUUCGCACUCGUCUGCUUCUCGCUCAUCAUCCGCUUUGGCGUUCUUCAAGCCGUGAACCCGCCGACCAAGGCCGUGCGCGGGCUCUUCAUGCUCGCGUGCGGCGUCUCUGGGAUUGCCGGUGGUGGCAUUGCUAUCUUCUUCUGGCAGGCAACCAGGUAUUUCGUCGGCGCGUGGGGAGGCUUCGUGGUUGCAUUGUGGAUACAGUGCUUCAGAGACGGCGGGCUCAUUUCCCCGAUUGGGCUUAGGUGGAUUCUGUAUAUCGCGCUCGGAGUGAUUGGCUUCGUGCUAUGUACCAUUCCAAAGAUCCACUAUCAUGUCCUUCUCCUCUCCACUUCGUUCGUGGGCGCUACGUCCGUAAUUCUGGGGAUCGAUUGUUUUACUACGGGGGACCUCAAGGAGUUCUAUGUCUGGAACCUGGGCUUCACCGCCUUGUUCCCCAAGUUCACGAACAACGGUAUCAAAUUUCCCGUCAACCAGACGAUGGAGAUCGAGCUCGGUCUCAUCGGUGCGGUCUCACUCAUGGGCAUCGCAGUUCAGUUCCAAGUCCUCAAGGUGCUUCAGCGGAAGCUCAAGGAAAUCAAGGAAGCGGCCAGGCGACCGAAUGAGGAGCUCGAGAAUCGCGCUGCCCUUGCUUUCGCCGAAUUGGAGAAGGAGAAAGCAGAGUGGGACCGUGAGCAUCCUGCCCUUGCCAAGCAUGGUCGCAUGGACAGCGAGUUUUCCUCGUUGCUCAAGGAUACAGAAUCGCUGUCGCCCUCACCGCGCCAGCGGUACCAGUCAGGCGUAUCCGACUUCAUCGUUGCUCCUAACGAGGAGAUGCACCGCUCCACUUCGAAACUUCUGCAAAGCCCUGGCGCUCUUCCUGUGCUCGAUUUGGGUCUUGGCAUCGAGAAUGACGUACCCAAGGUCUACAUUGCUGAGUCCAGCAAGAGCCCCAAGGCCAAGGACGCUCCGAUGACCCAGGUAGAGCUUGAAGACCUCAAACGCAAAGAGGAGCUCUUGACGGAGAUCCAGACUAUCCGGAAGUCUAUUGAGAUCCUCAAGACCGAGGCCACGGACCCCUCUAGCUCGUCUGGCUCGCGUCACCAAUCUUUCACGUCUCGUCGUACGCUCAGUCAAGACAUUGGUUCCCUCAUGCCCGCAGCUCCUGCACACUUGCGUCCCCCUCGCCAAGCGGACCCUCGUGCUCGUGUGCAGUCAAUGGAGCUGUCAGUCAUGUCCUCCGGCAUCGGUGCGUCGAUCGGCAGACCGACUAGUGCACCUCUACGCGACGAUGACUGGGACGCGUAUGUCCGUGAACGCAAGCUCUUGCAGCCCCCGUCUGGCGUUACACCGCCCAUCGCCACCACGCCGAUAAGCCCUACUCCCCGUGUUCCCGUAUCCCCAGCAGUGGAAGAGGCGCUGAUGAAGCGGCACAGAAUCGAGAGCCACUAUUCAGCAAACGGCCUCGAGUGGACGGCUGCAGACGGUGCGCGGCGGCCUUCACCCGUCCAAAAGGUUGCGUCCACCGGUCACGAUAUACCCACUGUACUGCGAACACCUCACGCGACACAUGCGAGGUCGCAUUCACAAGGUGGUGUGCCGGUUACAAUUCUGCCACCGCAGAAGCCGGCUGCCUCGCGCUCUCCCCAGCCUGCGGAGACGCCGGUACCAUGGACGACGCGCACGCUCACGUUCGAAGCACUCGAUGAACGUCAUCGUGAGAAGAUCCGGGAGCUGCAGGAGCCAGUGACGCGUGCUGAGAAAGAGCAGCUGGAGAUCGCAGAGGCGAAAGCUCGGUGGGAGAGGGCGAAAGCGUCGGAGAAGCAGGCUGUGGCUAAGCGCCAGGCUGAGAAGGCCGCCGCAGUCAGCAAGGACGCCGCGAAGCAGCACAAAUCCGGCGAGCCCGCUGGUACGUCCGACAAGCGCAAGUCACGGACGAUGGAGCAGCAGCAGCAGCCAGGUAGCUCCCGCCAACACUCGCGGACGCUGAGCGCGGACAUUCUCGCGCAUGUGCCCGGCACGGCGUCCUCGAAGCGGAUGUCGACGAUGAAGGUGGAGGACUGGCAGAAGCACCAGCAGGACGUCGAGCUGGGCUUCCGGCCGGAGGAGCAGCGUGCGUCGCGACGGCGGUCCGCUGUUCCCUUCCCUGAGACGCACGACCGGCCUGCCGAUGGGAGGGACGCCCGGCGGCUCUCUCGGACGCCGCGCGACAUGCUCAGCUGA